AUGCCUUUUAUUAAGAGGGAGUGGAGUAAUUUACAGGUUGAAGGAAGGAGUGAUUAUGUGCUGAAGGAAAAAUUGAGGUUUUUGAAGGUUAGCCUUCUUAGGUGGGAUAAGGAGCAUUUCGGUAUAAUCGAUUUGAAGAUUGAGGAAUGGGAUCAGAGAAUUAAUGGUGCGGAUCUUUUGUUAGAAAGCUGUAGGGAUAGUCUUGUGGAGGAGGUGGUAGCGGAGAGGAUCGGGGCUAUCUGUCAGAUGUGGAAGAAAUUGAAUCUUGAAGAGAAUUUAUUGAUGCAGAAAAAUAAGCUUAAGUGGGAUAGUAAGGGGGACUUAAAGUUAAACAGUAGAUUUUUCUACGGUUUUAUGAAGGAGAGGAACCAGGGGAACUUUAUUGAGACUAUUCUUGCUGAUGGAGGCUUAUUGGAGACGAUUGGGGAAGUUAAGGAGGAAGUUAGGAGGUAUUAUUCUGAUAUUUAUGUUGAUAUUGAUUCCCAUCAUCUUAGUUUAACUAGAGUCCAGUUCAAGGCGUUAUCCCAAGAGGAAGCAAGGUCGUUGGAACUUCCCUUCUCUGAAACUGAAAUUAAGGAAGCUGUUUGGGGGUGUGAGGGCUCGAAAAGUCCGGGCCCGGACAGAUACAAUUUCAAUUUUAUUAAAAAGUGUUGGAGUUUUGUUAAAGAAGAUUUCUUUUGGUUGAUUCGGAAUUUUCAUGGGAAUUCUCACAUGUCCAAAGCCAUCACUUCGUUGCUUCUUACUUUAAUCCCAAAGAAAGACAAUCCGCUGGGGCUGGGGGUUACAUACCUUAUUGUCUUAUGUGUUUUUGUCCCCGAUAGACAAUUACUCGACGGUGUGAUUGAUGCUAACGAGGUGGUGAAUUUUGCUAAGAAGGCUAAGCAAAGUUGUUUGCUUUUGAAAGUCGAUUUCGAGAAGUCGGAUGGAGACAGGUAUGAUAUGUGCAGGGGAUUUUCCGUGUGGGAUCCCAAAGACGGAGAAUUUUCAUCUCGCGGAGGCGGGGAUGAGGAACAAAAUCUCCUCGAAGGCACUUCGGUGACAGGGGUGGCGUAA